AUGUGUAUCGGUAAAGGUUUAACGGGUGGCUAUAUGACGCUUUCUGCGACAUUAACCACCAAGCAUAUUGCUGAAACGAUAAGUCAGGGCGAAGCGGAUUGGCAGAGCAAUAUUCAACGAAUUGAAGCUCAGCUUAGAGAUGCUUUACAGCCCUUACAGUCACUUAAUCAUGUUCAUGAUGUGCGAGUUCUUGGUGCGAUAGGGGUGGUUGAAUUGACGGUGAAUGUCGAUAUGAAAACCUUACAACAGGAGUUUGUACGUCGUGGUAUCUGGAUACGACCAUUUGGUAAAUUGGUCUAUGUCAUGCCUCCAUAUGUCAUCACAGCACAAGAAUUAAAAACUUUGCUGGAACAAUUGGUCGAGGUGGUCAAAGGUAUGGAGCAAAGCACAUGA